CCUUUUCUCCUCCCAUUCUAAAGGGUGCCGUCCGAUGGGCGGGGUUCAACCCACAGUGGGAGUUGUGAAGCGGCGAUACCCUCCCUCGCACGCCGCCCAACCCAUCCCAUCUCGUCCCGUUUCGUUAACUUCGAAGCCAGCCUUGUUGAUUCUCUCCCUCCCGCAACCUAUCACAGUGCCCUGCCCAUUUGGCAUCAAGACGUCUGUGCCUCCUUCCUCACACUCCCCUCGUGCUCUAUAACUCUAGGGUCGGCUUGUUGCAGCAACCCAGUCUUGCGUACUCACGCUCCUCCUUUCCUGCACAACCCACCUUCCACUCCUUGCUCGCUUGGAGUCUAGGCUCCAGGGUGUGGAGGUUGUUGAGGUUUUGGGUGCCUGUGAGAAGGAUUUCAGCAAUGGCGGAAGCAGUUGCAGCUGGAGUCGGGGUGUCAAGAAUCGGCCUAGCCGGUUUGGCCGUCAUGGGGCAAAACUUAGCCCUGAAUAUUGCGGAGAAGGGGUUUCCGAUUUCCGUGUACAACAGGACGACCUCCAAGGUUGACGAGACUGUGGAGCGGGCGAAGGAGGAGGGGGAUUUGCCUCUGACUGGGUACAAGGAUCCCAAAGAAUUCGUGAUGUCCAUUCAGAAGCCCCGUUCUAUCAUUCUUCUGGUGAAAGCUGGCGCUCCUGUGGACCAGACAAUCCAGACUCUUGCUCAGUACAUGGAGCCUGGCGAUUGUAUCAUCGACGGAGGCAACGAGUGGUACGAGAACACAGAGAGGAGGGCGAAGCAGAUAGCCGAGAAGGGGCUGUUGUACCUGGGAAUGGGAGUCUCGGGCGGAGAAGAGGGAGCUCGUAACGGGCCUUCUAUGAUGCCUGGUGGUACAGAAGAGGCUUACCACUACAUUGAAGACGUGGUCAAAAAAGUCGCUGCACAAGUCGAUGACGGCCCAUGUGUGACUUAUGUGGGUCAAGGUGGAGCUGGAAACUACGUGAAGAUGAUUCACAACGGAAUCGAGUACGGUGAUAUGCAAUUGAUCUCGGAGGCCUACGAUGUCUUGAAGUCAGUAGGAGGACUGACCAACGAAGAGUUGCAUGAGACGUUCGCGGAGUGGAAUGAAGGAGAGCUGGAGAGCUUCUUGGUUGAGAUCACGCGGGACAUUUUCUCCGUCAAGGACGACAAGGGUGACGGAUUCCUUGUCGAUAAAAUUCUCGACAAGACGGGGAUGAAGGGGACCGGGAAGUGGACCGUGCAACAGGCUGCGGAGCUCUCUAUUGCGGCUCCCACCAUCGCUGCUUCCCUCGAUUCUCGUUUCCUCUCUGGGUUGAAGGAAGAGCGUCUGGAGGCGGCACGUAUUUUCAGGGAAGCUGGGGUGGAGGACAUCCUCGCUGUAAAGAGCCUCGACAAGAAGCAGCUCGUCGAUGACGUUAGGAAGGCACUGUACGCCUCCAAAAUCUGCAGCUACGCGCAGGGCAUGAAUCUCAUCCGUGCUAAGAGUAUUGAGCAAGGCUGGGAUCUCAACCUCGGUGAGCUCGCCCGAAUCUGGAAGGGAGGUUGCAUCAUUAGGGCCAAAUUCCUCGACCGCAUUAAGAAAGCUUACGACCGCAACCCAGAGCUCGCUUCCCUACUGAUCGACCCUGAAUUCACGAAGGAGAUGGUGGAGAGGCAAUCUGCAUGGCGCCGAGUGGUAUCCCUAGCGAUAGAGGUCGGCGUCUCUACUCCCGGCAUGACAGCCAGUCUUGCUUACUUCGAUACUUACCGAAGAGGCCGCCUCCCUGCCAACCUCGUCCAAGCUCAACGGGAUUACUUCGGUGCCCACACAUAUGAGCGCAUCGACAUGCCCGGAUCUUACCACACUGAGUGGUUCAAGAUUGCCAAGAAGGUCGUGAAUUCCAAGGCCUCAGUGAAUCCUUCAGCGUAGAAAAAAGAACUCUAAAGGUAUGAUUCAAUGAUCAAUAAUCAUCCCGUACUCCCUUCGAUGAGAUCCAUAACUUAGAUGAGCUACUCGCGUUUGUACAAUUAGAGGUGGUCGAUCCGCUGUGGCUUCCAGCAAUUGUUUCUAGCCAUAAAACAAUUUUGUACCUCUUGUCUUGGCAAGCUAUUCAUAAGGUGCUUGCUGGAUGUGGUAGUUGUGAUGAGAAAAUGAUAAAAGAAUGUGACCAGAUAGUGCAAUUGCACUACCACCAUUCGCCUCC